GUAUCAUACUUUGGUUUCGACAAGAUCUGAGUUUUGUAAGUGAUGGCAGAAUUCUCAAGAAAUUUGUUUAAGGAUAUAAAAACACGUCCUCAUCAACGCAUGCCUGUGUCUUUCAGCAUAAAAAAUUCAUGCAAUAUAAGCCGGACGAAAAUCGAUAUGUUUCAAGAUGACAGUGAUGGCCAGGGAUCAUCGGAAGGUGGGAAAGGCAGCCGCAAUGGCGUUGUCGGAAGUGGAAGCCACAAGAGCAGCUCGGAAAGCCCUAAUAAUGCUGAAUCUAGCAGGCCCAAAAUGAGCUACAAUCUCAGCAGACCACAAACAGCAACGUCUGUUCUCCCAAAUGAUCUUCUGAAACUGCCUUCACCAAAAUUGCCGCGUAAACCGAUCUCCAACUUGAUGGAACCAAAAGUGAGCCGCGAAAAAUGCUUCUUUGAGAAAAGCAGCUUGAUCCUUGAUCAUGACAUUGAAGAUCUUGAGACAAAGCUUGAGGCGUACAACAAAGAGUUUCAGAAGAACAAAAUGCUUCCUGAUAGUGUCAGUAAAUCGUGUCAACAAAGUGGCAUGAAUAAUGGACAGCAGGGAUCUGUCGUCAAUCUUGGUCAUCUAUUGACAAAAGGUGAUGAGCACCACUUCACUGCCUUCAGGUUGAACCGCAACAUUAUUGUCAGUGAAAUUAAAUCCCCGUCUAAUUUCUACAUCCAAUUUUGCAAAAGUGCAAUUGCGCUGAAUGACCUGGAAAAAGCUAUGGAGUCUGAGUAUGAGGGUGCCCUUUUGGAGCGAUUGAAACUUCGUAGGGAAGACAUGAAGGAAGGACUCUACGUUGUCUGUCGUCAUUCUGGCCAGUGGCGAAGGGCCCAGAUCCUCAAAAAAGUCGGCGAUGCUCACGCCAAGGUCCUGCACAUUGACUUUGGGUGUGAACAGAUCAAGUGCCAUGAUGAAAUAUUCUUUCUGCUCGACAAGCCCAUCUUCAAGAUCGCAGCGAUGGCCUUUCCAGCUACCCUCCACAACAUUAAGCCUGUGGGCAUUUUGGAUUGGAUGAAUGCCUCAACCAGAAGAUUCACCUCGCUUGUUAACCUUGGAGACAGUGACAUGCUUGUUGCCAAAUACUAUGGUGGUGGAUCUAUGACUGAUCCAACCUAUCAACUGUCUCUCUCAGUGUUUCUGAAGAAAGGAGAAGUCAUCCAAGUUGGAGACAAAUUGAUUGAAGAGAUGCUUGCUGAAGCUGCGACUCCAAAAAUUGCAUUUUAAUGCAGCUUUCGGUGAGAUCUGGCUUGUUCAUAAAUCCUAAAGAAAACAUCAUCUAAGGAAAAAUUUCUGCAGUGAAGCUAGUUGUCAAGAAAAAUAAUGAUUUUCUGAAAGACCUUACAUCUCAUAAUAAUAUAUAGUUAAAGUAUUAUUAUGCAUGAUCUAUCGUUAAUGUAUUUUUCUCGUAAAACAUUUCUUUGAGUGACUAAUGCAGUACACGUGGUAUAAAAGAGGACAAAGAAAAAGUGAAUUCAUAAUUAUCUGGAAAAGAUAAGUGCAAGUGUGCUAGUUAUAUGAAAAUUCCGCUAAAAGAAAUGCUAUGCUCCAGAUGUGUGACGCGGAGCGCGCACUGGGUCAGUUCCGCAUAUAUGUAUAGGCGUGGAAUGCUCCACUGUGUGGUUUUUGCUCUAUCCUUGCAAAUAAAAUGAGGUGGCCUUCAACAAGAA